AUGGACAGAUCUGUUAAAGUUGCCAUCAUUGGCGCCGGCGUCUCUGGAUUAAAAGCAGCUGAAACUUUACUUUCAUCUGGUACAAUAAGCAAGGACGACAUAGUUGUACUCGAAGCACAGGACCACUUCGGGGGUCGAAUUCAAAACUCAGACGUAUCUCAGUCGAAACUUGGAAUUCCAUAUGCACUAGGCGCCUUAUGGUUCCAUGAUUCUUUGGUGAACAGUGUGCUACAUGAAUUACUCGAUUCUGGAUUAUUGAAUGAUGAAGAUAUCUACUACGACGACAAAGAUGGACCAACGUAUUCAAGCGAGGGACUAUUGGAUGUGUCAGGAUUGAAAUUGAACAGGGUAAUGGAAGAGGCUAGUCAGUUUUUCGAGUUGUAUUUCAAGGAUAGAUGCUCAGAUGCGUCUUGUGAUGAAGUCGUCAAGGAAUAUGUUAAGCGACAUCUGCGGUUUCUCACGAUAGAGCAACAGCAAUACAUUGGGAGAUUAAUGAGGUAUUAUGAACUUUGGUAUGGAGUGCCGGCAGAGAAGGCGAGUGGGAGGGAAAUCAUUGAUGGCCACAUGGGCAGAAACUUGUUGAACAAAAAGAGCUACUGUUUUCUUCUCGACUUAUUGAAGAAGAAGGUUCCCGAUUCGUGCAUUGCUCUAAACCAGGCAGUGAAAUCCGUGACCCAAUUGCUGGAGUCCGAGAAGAAAAUAGAGUUGGAAACAAAGACAGGUCUAAAAGUCAAAGCUGACUUUGUAAUUGUUACGGUACCUUUGUCCAUUUUGAAAUUGAAGGGAAGCGAAGAGUUUGGAAUCAAUUGGAGCCCACCAUUACCACGCAGCACACAAGAUUUCAUAAACGGUCUAGACUUUGCCGCUUUAGGCAAGGUAGUUCUUGAAUUCGAUAAUGUGUGGUGGGAUAUUAACGAGGAUCACUUUUUGAUAAUUCCAGAUGAAAUUGAUUCUAAUGACCGGUUUAGGGCCGAUGGUACACCGAAGCCGUUUGCGUUUCCUGCAUUGGCUGUCAAUUACUCUAAAAUUUACAAAAAGGGUGGCAGCUUGGUGAUUCUCACGCCGGCUCCAUUAACCAAUUUCUUGGAGUUGAAUCCAGAUCAGUCAUGGAAAUAUUUCAAACCCGUACUAGAAAAGAUUGCGGUAGAGCCGAUUGAAGAUCCUAUAAAUACAAUUACUUCCAAUUGGACACAGAACCCAUACAUCAGGGGAUCUUAUAGUGUAUCACUUGCAAAACGGGGAAAUGAAGAUAACCAUAAGAAUGUGUUGGAGGAGUUACGGAUUGGUAACGACGUUAUCAGGUUUGCUGGUGAACACACUAUUGUCGAAGGUGCUGGUUGCGUACAUGGAGCUUAUGACAGUGGAAUCAGAGAAGCUACCUAUGUUUUGAAUGCAAUGAAAAGUUGA